AUGUCAGCUAAAGCAGACCAAGGCGUCCCAGCUACAUCUCUUAACAUCCAACAGAUUAUGAACCUCAAGAAGCAAUUUGAGGAAGAACUUACACAAUUACAAGCAACAAUUUCACUCACAAAUGAAACAGUUCUUAAGACACAACAAGCUAAGGCUGAAUUAAAGCAGUUUACAGCUGUUGAAACAGGACGAACAAUGCUCGUUCCAAUUACAGAAAGCCUUUAUGUGACAGGAAUAGUUUCAUCACAAAAGAGACCAAUUAUUGAACUUGGUACAGGCUACUUUGCCGAAACAAGUGUAGAAAAAGCAGAAGCUUUCUUCAAUCGUAGAUUAAAGAGAUUAAAUGCACAGCAAGAAAAUCUCAAAAAUUCAUUUAAAGAAAAACAGCAGCAAUACCAGAUGGUUGUUCAAGUUGCAAACCAGAAAAUACAAGCUACCCAACACAAGCAAUAA